AUGGUCGAGUUAAGAGACGACCCAGUACGGUCUAACCUAGACAGCAUUCUGCAUAGGGACGAUUCAAAUCGACCUAAGGCCGUUCGCAUCGACUCAAAACCCAAGCUAUCACCCCUUCAGAUCCCUGCGACGUUCUCAGACACUAUAGAGAAUGUAGUCCCCGAGCCACCACCGCGCGACCAGGGACUCGCGGCAUAUACAAUUCUCUUCGCCGCGACGACAAUUUCAUCCUUCCCGUGCGGCUUUUACCUCAGCUACGGUGUAUAUCAAGCAUACUAUCACACAGCAUACCCAAAUGCGACGAACUCAGCAUGGAUCGGGUCCUUGAGCUCCGGUCUCCCCUUCCUCCUGGCGCCCCUCAUGGUGUACAUCUGCACGCACACAACCUUCUCCCGGAUACACUUCGUAUGGGUCAGCUGGCUGCUGGGCAUCAUCGCCCUCGUCGGCGCCGCCUUCUCGUACAACACCAACAGCCUUAUCGUGACUCAAGGCCUGCUCUUCGGCCUAAGUAUCGUCAUAGGCGACAACCCCUUGCUGAUCAUCGUCAACACAUGGUGGCGCAAGCACCGAGGGCUUGCAUACGGGGUCAUCUUCGGUGUAUGCGACCUCUUCGGGGUAGCGUGGAGCUUCCUCGGCGAGUACCUGCUUCGUAAAGUAGGGCAGAAGAAGACAUUCUUGAUCUUCGCGGCUGUGCUCUUCGCAGUGCCCGGUCCCUGCUUGCUGUUGAUGAAGGAGAGGGGUUCGAAGACUAUCCUGCAUAAGUCAACCUUGAUGUCAGGCACGCCGAAGUCGGCUCAUUCUGAUUCAAGGCGUGGGUCUCACGACACACAGGGUGUUAGAGAAGCUAUCGACGAGCGAGAUACUCCGCCGACGAAGAAAAGAUUUUGGCGGCGACCGCUGUUCUAUGUCUUUGGACUCGCAAACUUCGUGCAGAGUCUAGCUUUCUACCUUCCACUAAUCUACCUACCAACCUACGCCCUCCAAAUCCACCGUCAAUCGAGCAACAACGACGACGACACGAACACAAAAGAGGCCCACGCCAACCCGCUCGGCGCACAAACCCUCGCCCUCCUCAACCUCGCCCAAAUCCUUGGCGAAAUCCUCUUCGGUCGCCUCUCCGACCUCCUUUGUGUCCAUCUCCUCGCCCUAGCCUCUACCUCCAUCGCCUCGCUCUCCACUUUCCUUCUGUGGGGGUUCGCCACAAACAAAGGCACUCUCCUGGCUUAUGGGUUUGUGUUCGGCUUCUCCGGAGCUGGGUGGUUGGCGCUGUGGGCGCGAAUGGGUAUGCUGUUUGGGGAAAAAGAUUCGAUGAUGGUGUUUGCGCUUCUAAAUGCUGGGAGAGGUGUAGGAGGAAUCAUUAGCGGGCCUGUUAGUGUGGCAUUACUGGGUGAUGCGGUGAGGAGAAAGGAAGGGGCCGGAGGAUGGGCCAUGGGCGUCGAGCACGGGAAGUACAGAGAUCUGACCAUCUUCGUCGGUGUGUGUAUGGCUGCUAGUGCAUUGUUGUCUGUGGUAAGUUUCGUGAUCGAUCGGCCGGAGAAAGAACAGAGCAGCGCCGCCACCAGCAUGCCGCAGAGGAAGAGUGAGAAGCUAAUGAGGAGCCUGAGUUCGACGAGCCGCAAUUCCGCGAGGACGAGAAGGAAGAGCAGUGCAGCCUCGGCAGCAGCUUCCGUCGGAGCCCACAACGAGAAGGCGCUUCCAUCAAUCGAGGAAGCCCUGCCGCCCCUGCCGCAACAAAGCUUUCUGCCGGAGAAGCAAGGACAUAUUCCUGGGAUUCUGCCGCAGCGGGACAGCGAGGCGACUCAGCAUGUGCUCGACGGCGUCCUGCGAGAUCUGGAACGGUCAAUGCGGGAACAGAAACGCACGACCGAGAGCCAGGGUCUGCCCGAGAGUACUGAGCCUCGAAUUGAUGCGGGAAAGGACGUUGCAAAACUAUAG